GUACAAAAUUACACGUAUGUGAAAGCCCAAGUAUUUGGUUGAGUUUUUCUCUGUUCAAAGCCCUGGUUUCACUGGUAUGGGGAACGGUCGGAGCUUAACAUUCUUAAGGUGAGAACUGAGACUGAGUUUAGAUCCUCACAUGUCUCUGGUGCUCGCCUACGGAAUUCCCUCCCAGCCUCUACCAAAUUCACAAUGACUUGCUGUUUUCAGGGAUGGUGCGUGUAAAUACUUUCUUGGCCUCGACCCUUAAGUCUGUAUCGCAAGAAUGUCUGCAUUACUAGUCUCUCUGUAGUCCAAGAUACAUUUUACUAGUCUUGCUGAGCUGUGAUAAAGUAUCUAGACUUGAUUUCUCUAUUUAUGCGUUUGACAUAUUUACAUGACUUUUAAUUGUUUGUUAUUGACUCACAGAGUGUCUAUACAAUACUUUAUUUAUUCAUAUUUGUAAUAAUCUUAUGAUAGGUGUUCGACCAAAUUAUGUGAUAUUGUCAAACAAUGUACUUUUACUUUUGCCUUUUACCUCUCUUCCGUCGGAUGGCUGCACGCGCUUUCGAACGACAUUUUUUUUUUCUCGUUCCGCUCUAAAGUCCCCCCUUCCUUUUCCGCGUAACGGUAUAGACGAUGGAAAACCUUGUCAAAAGAACGGCGUCGAUCGCGCGCUCGAACGACGUCCGUCCACUCAGCUGUCCGAAAACAAGAGGCUCCCGGAUAAAUCCGUAUUUCUCGGAACUCCCGGCUCUUCUGGCGCGAGCUUGCGGUGAGUUCCCACGCGCGUACAGGUGUAGCUGCCAAGAGCGCGCUCUCUCGGCGUGCGAGCUCUGAUUUAUGCGUCGCGGGCUUGGCUGGCGUAGCGAUGAUCGCCGAGUGAAAGGGGAUCGCCCGUUGGGGACGAGGCUGCUAAGUCGGUCUUUUUCCUUUCUUUCAUUGUUAUUUAUUUAUUUAUUUUUUUCAUAUUCGCCGCCAAGGAGAGGAUAGUUCGCGGACACGACUACGUCGACGAGGAUGCGCUAUAGCCGACGCGCUUGCGCGACCCUGAAAAAGCGCGUGAAAGGAGGGCUCGGGUCCGUUUUGAAAACCGGGCGACUCGCGCGGUGGGCUUACGCAAUCGGCCGCUACUCCACGUUGCGCAACGAUCCUCCUCGCUCGUCUUCCUGGCGGCGCGCGCGCCUCCCCCGGCGGAGCUCGCCGACGAGCCGCGCCCUCGGCAAGCCAAGACGGACGAGCUGCCACGGAUUUUUCGGAGCGAGAGGCGCGCGGACGCUCGUAAAUCAUGCUAACUCAGCGAUGCGCGCCGGUUACGAGUCAUUAGUACCACUUUACCGAUCCCGACGACCGCGGUCGCUGUCCGACUCUUAUAUAGUUACACAUGUAUAUAUAUAUGUGCCCGCAUGUGCACUCGAGCUGCCUGUCCGUCUUUCCGUAGCUUCCUCGGCACGCUCGUGCGUUUCUCGAGAAUGACCAUCGCAGCUUCGAGACGAUGGAGUUCGAUGGUACGUUUUUCUCGUACAGGGACGAAUCUAGAGGUCGAGCGUCGAUCGAUCACCCGAAUCAUUCAAACGGCAUCGGGGACCAGCAGUUUAUCAUUGCUAAAGUUACAGUCGAGAGCUCGACGAGGCCUUCGUGGCCACCGCGAUGAGUCGGUUUGCGCGACUCCGACGCCAAGAGCGAGACGACGAUCGACGCCCGCUUGUCGCAAAGCGGCGGCGAAGCGGGACACGCACCGCCGAGAUCGCGACUCUUCGGACGUCUCGUCCGUGGCGAUUCGUCGGCAAAAGAAACCGCGCUCAACUUUGAAUACGCGUGACGCGACUCCAUUUGCUGGCGAUGCGACUUGCUGAGCCAGCCUCGAGAACGAGCAGCGGGAAUGGCGAAAGCCACCGGGCAAUUAGCGCGCACGACUCGGAAAUUGCGCGCGUCGCGCGAGAGAGCGAACUCGGCCGUGAGUCUUUGCGCGAUAUUACACGAGCAAAGUGAAAAUUUCCGUUAAGGCGGCUCUGCGGCCGAAAAUAUCGCGGGCAGAGUCACGUGGGCCAAUACUUCUCGCGAAGCUCCGAAAAUAUUUCCGCUCGCGCGCCUGCGAGAUAAAUCGCGCCGCACCGAGAGGGCCGAUUCUUCGCCAAGCCUGCGGCUCCGACGUGGCGCUCGUGGUCGGAGAGCUGACGGGGCUCGGUUGAAACUUUUGUCUCUUUUCUCCGAAUGCUCGACGCCGUUGGAUCGAUUCGGAGAAGAAGCCUGGACGAAGCGCGCGGCCUCCCGAUUUGCGGGGAAAUAUGAAUUUCCAGCGACACCGUUCGACGGCUCCAUCCAACGGGAUUUUCACGAAAGACUCGAUUGAAAUCCCCGGCGACUACUGUUCGUAGGAUAUCUUUCUUCAGCUAAAAAGCCUCCAAAUGAGCCCUGAGAAGCUGGAGCUAAAUUCCUAGUUGAUAUUCAAUGUAAGCUACUGUUUAAUAUAUUCACGCUUGAAGCUUGUCUCUCAAUGAAAAAUAUUUGAGCUGACGUAAAGUAUAGGCAGCAUGGCCGAGUUCAAGUAUAAAGACAGAGAAGCUUGAAAGAAGGAAUUAAGCUUUUAGAUAUGAAAGCUCAGUUGUUUAGCAGCCGUUCAAGUAAACAUUCCAGCUUUCUUCAAACAGGCAUUUCUCAUUGUUUGCGAAAAUUGCACGCGAAAGCACGUGCAUUUAUCAGAAAGUUGUGCGAUACGAGAAUUGCCGACUGCAUCCACUGCGCGUAUAAGACAUACGCAUAAAUUUCUCUUUCGAAGUAAAGCUCGAAAUAGAAGCGGAAGAGUAAUACAGGAGGGCCAGUCUUAGGCAUUUGGAAUCGCUCUGUGAAACGGCUCGAGAAUGCGACGAUUCAUUAGCCUAAAAGAUUAUCUUAUCCGCGGCGUGACGCUCGCUUGUCGAAAUGGUCUUUUCAUGAAUUGCAGUCCGCACAGAGACGUAUGUUUAAUCCGGUCUGCUCGACUGAUAAAAUAUGAGCCAGCGCUUGCAAGUGGAGACGCGUGUCUGCCUUGUCGGCCUGCAAAAAUGCACGGCGGUGGCAUUUUGCGCUCUUGCCUCUUGUGAUCUUUCGAUCGUUCGAACGUCAUCUCGCGCGACAAUUCGAAAACGAAUAAAGAGUCCGCUAAAUAUAACUUCGCACGAGUCAUGCAGCUUUGGAAGGAUUCUUUCACAGAGAUGCAUUUAUCAGUAAAACACUGCAAGACAGUGCCAUGGGAGGAGCAAUGUCAUUGUUUUCCCAAUGGCGCACACGUGCCAAGACUCUCUCUCUCUCUCUCUCUCCUUCUCGUAAGACAAGAUUUUUGGGACUCGUCCGUGCUCGCGCGCGGAAAACCAGUGAGUCACAGGUAGCCAGUUGCAACGGCCGGACGUAAAGUGACUAGAGACAGAUUAUUUUGUUGGCCAUGAGGACGUUAAAUCACUUUAGCAGCAAAAACGAAACUUCGUUCGAAAUUCUCCCACAUGACAAUGCACCGCACAAUGAAUUUCUGGAUUCGUCGGUGGACGCCGAGCUCAAGCAACUCCGAAUUGACGCGUCAAAGUUCCAACAACAAAAUCUAGGAAGUAAGACUGAAGUGAAAAACGCAAAGGGUCAAACAUAUCUUCACUUGGCAGCCAAGCAGAGAAAUGGAGACCUGUUGCGACUGAACCUAGAUUUAUACAAGCGCGAUGUGAACGCAGCCGACUACAGGGGUAACACGCCGUUACAUCUGUUGCUCAGCUCCAAUCACGCUACUAGCAACGACGACGAUUUGGUUGAUUUCGCGCGAAUUCUUUUAGACAAUGGUGCGAAGGUUGAAAUGAAAAACAACGAAGGAAAAACACCGUUGCUUGCCACAGUUGCUCAUAGCUCGAUACAAGUACUCGAAUUGUUAUUGGAGUAUGGAGCUGAUUUCAAGGGUUGCGACAAUCGAGGCUUUGGUGUGUUGCACUACCUGGCAAGUUCACCGAAUAAUGCAACUGCCUGUGCGAGUCUUUUGCAACUACUAUUGAAGCUUGGAUGCGAUGUAAAUGCUAAAAGUCAACAUGGACGAACACCACUAUAUGUUGCCGUUUGUACAGGUCACAAUGUGUGUUUUGAUCUCUUGAUUGAACGUGGAGCGAACAUUAGAUGCAGAGAUGUGAAAUUCGACAUGACAAUACUGCACGUGGCAGCCAAAUAUGCCAAACAUUACGUACUCAAAAGAUUAAUGAGAAUCCUGAAUAAGGGGGAUCCUUGCGAAAAAGACGCAAUGAUAAAUGCGAAACAAAAAGAUGGCAGAACAGCUUUACAUUUAGCCACACGUCACAAACUCACCUUCAUCCUAAAUGUUCUGCUGCGUAACGGCGCCGAUGUCAAAGCCAUCGACUCUUACGGUCGAACAGUUUUACACUACGCCUGUCAGUACAACAACGCCGAAGCUUUCGAUAUUCUAAUGGACUUUGGCGCGGACAUAAACGUUCAAGAUAAGAAAGGCUUUACUCCAAUGCAGUUGAAUGAAGAAGUUGAAGCAAUCGUUUGGCUAAGGGUGGUGACAAGAAAUGCAAAAUCGAUGGCUGUCGGUCUUCCCGUCGUUGAUUUUCGUAAAAAUCUUCUCCAGAUUAUGCACAAGAUGCAGAGUUAUGAGAAGUAUAACGUUGAGGUAUUUCAUAUGAAGCAGACAAUGAUCAAUUCAAGUGUGUCAGUCUAUGACUUGCUACUCGAUGAAGACAAAAUGUAUAAAUACAGGAAUAAUGUGGUGUUGAAAGAGAUUGUACUUUUUAGCAAAUUAUUUCCUAGUUAUAGAGAAAUGCUCAUUGGGAAGUAUCGCAGAGCUGGUGUGAGAAGAUACCUUGUUAUUCUUGCUAUAAAAGCACUGUUAAAAAUGAUUGGUUAUAGACUGGAUGAUGUUUUAGGCAAUAUGAUCUUUGAAAAGUUGAGUAAUGCAGAGUUGCAUGCUUUCAUAGAGGCUGCUGUGACAAACAAUCAAGACUGUGAUGCUGCCAUCAUGUAUUCUUUUGUUGAAAUUCAAAAAUACGGUAUCGACGUUCCUUUGGCCACUCGUGGCGACAAAUUCUGCCAGACUCCACUACAUCACGCUGCUAUGAGCAAAAGUUUGGAAAUUGUCCAGUUAUUGAUAGAAUACGGAGCAGACGUAGAAUGCGUUGCAUCGAAAAAUCGAACGGUGUUGAAUUGCUUGCUUGACAAUGAGAAAAACGAGGAUCCCAGUCAAGAGGAAAUCUGCAUACCUAUUUUAAAUCUGCUGAUUUCCAAUAAAUGUCCGAUUGACGUUAAAGACAGCAAUGAACAGACAUUAUUGCAUCUAGCUGCCAAGUACAAGCAGCAAAAGAUCAUUAAAAUUCUCUUACCAUUAUUAAACAAGUUUAUUGAUUCUGUUGAUAUUAAUGGGAAUACUGCCUUGCAUAAUUUAUUGAAAGCUAUUAAAAAUGAAGAUGGAAUAGAAGAGUUAAAGUUUCUUUCCACAGUAAAGUUAUUGUUGGAAAAAUGUCCUACUCUAGUCAAAAGUAGAGAUAAAUGGGGCAACGCAUCUGUUCAUAUUGCUGCUCAGAAUAAGCAGAAGGCAAUAAUGAGACUGUUGUUGGAGUGCGAUAAAAAUAAUAAAAGCAAAAACUGACAAAAAUGUAGUGAAAUAAUACUUGCGUUUUUAUUUUCAUGGAAUUCCAGUAAUAAAUUUUAAUAAUAUUAUAAUUUCAAUGUUAUUGUGAAUUUCAACUCAAUCAGCGAGAAUUAAUAGGUUUUGUUUCUAUAACACGAUCUAAAGAAUACUAGUUCACGUUUAUGUUUAUUUGAAUGAGAAUAACGAUUGUAUAUGUAAAUAUACCAAAGUAAACAUGCGAGUUUUCAAAAUACUCAAAAAUUUUCAAACAAUCGCGUAAAAUAUUGUGUACAUCUGUUUUCAUGUCUAACUUACUCCUACGAAUUAAAAUUAAAUGUUUCUUUAGUGGGAAAGUGAGAAUACUUGGUAAUAUCUUAAAAAUAUAAUGUGCGUGCAUAAUUGUAAUAAAGUUAUCGACUUGAAA